AUGAAUGUGUCCAACAACUGCAGCUCCACAAAUCUAGAGCUGCACCACCAUGUUCGCCUCCUUGAACUGGCUCUGUACAGCCUCAUUUUCUGUUUUGGAGCACUGUUUAAUGCCCUUGCCUUGUGGGUGUUCUCCUGCAAGAUGAAGAAGUGGACAGAAACCAGGGUGUAUGUCAUGAACUUAGUGUUUGCAGAUUUCUCUGUCAUCUGCACCUUGCCUUCCAUGGUUUAUUUGCUCUGGAGUGAGUCAGCCCGAGGGCAGCUCUGCCAGUUCACAGAGAUGAUGUAUUUUAUCAACAUGUUGGUGAGCAUCUACACCAUCUCAUUCAUCUCCAUUGACAGAUACAUUGCCAUAGAGCACCCUUUGAAAGCCAGGAGCUUCAGGUCCCCGUGGAGGGCAGCGCUGCUCUGCGGGCUGCUGUGGCUGCUGGUGGUCAGCAGUGCCACCCUCCAGCUGUGGCAGGGACACCCAGAUCUCUGCUCCCAGACCUACACCCCCAUUCCUGCUGCUCUCAGCCUGCUGGCCAUUUUCUUUGUUUUCAUUCUCCCCUUGGCAACCCUGACCUUCUGCUCCACAGCAGCCAUCAGGAGCCUCAAGAAGCAUCUGAACAGCAAUUCAGCGGAGGAGAAGUCAAUCCAGAAAGCUGUACACAUUAUUUCUGCAAAUCUGAUUGUGUUUCUGAUCUGUUUUCUGCCAGCCUGCCUGGGGCUGCUAGCCAGGUUUGUCAUGGAGAGGGUUGGAGUCUCCUGUUUCCUGCUGUGUGCCAUCAGGAACCUCUCCUCUGUCAUGAGGUGCAUUGCCACCUCCAACUGCUGCCUCGACAGUGUCUGCUACUACUUUGUCACCAGGGAGUUCCAUGAAGCCUUUCUGUGGCCCAAAGCCAGCACUCAAAAACCAGAGGCAACCCACCCCUUGCAGACAGAGACUUGCUAAAGGAGAAAAGGGAGCACAACCCACCCACAACCUCUGCAGCAUAGAGAGGAAGUACAGCUUCAGGGCUACUGAGAGAAGUUUGCUUAAGUUACUCUUUUUCUCUAGCAAAUUCUGUGUUAGGUUUAGAAAUUUGUACUCUAUGUUUUUAUUAAACAAAUAGGUCACAGAGAUGUGUAGAAGUGUGAUGUAACUGCUUGUUGUUGACAUGGCUCCAUUCCACCCUCCAGCAUCAUCUUGUGACAUCAAGACAGGUGAGCCAUGAACCUCUUUUGGUUCCUUCUGCAGCUGAAAUCUAUUGAUCUU